AUGGCUGCAUUUUUGCAGUGGAGACGCUUUGUCUUUUUUGACAAAGAGGCGAUAAAGGAUCCUGCAGACAGUGGGAAGUCCUUCAGCUUACCACAAGGGAUUUCCGCCAGUGACUCCGGUCGGGGGCAUAUCGUUUUUGGAGAUAUGUCUGGACAGAUCUGGUUUCUGACUCGCUCUUCCCAGCUCUCCAACUUUCAAGCCUACAAGCUUCGAGUAACACAUCUUUACCAGCUGAAGCAGCACAGUAUCUUGGUGUCUGUGGGGCAGGACGAUGAAGGCAUCAACCCCCUGGUGAAAGUAUGGAAUUUGGACAAGCGAGAUAGCAGCAGUCCUCUGUGCACCCGCAUUUUUCCAGCCAUUCCUGGAAACAAACCUACAGAAGUGUCCUGCCUUACUGUACAUGAGAAUCUCAGCUUCAUGGCCAUUGGUUUUACAGAUGGCAGUGUGGUCUUGACAAAGGGUGACAUCACUCGGGACCGGCACAGCAAGACCCACACUUUGCAUGAAGGCAACUGUCCAAUCACAGGGCUUGCUUUUCGUCAAUCGGGGAAGACCACACAUCUGUUUGUUGCAACACUGGAGAAAGUGCUGUGCUACACUCUGUCUGUAAAAGAGUAUCCCUGCACUGAGCUGGAUGUGCAUGGCUGCGCUCUGCGCUGCACCUCGCUGACAGACCCCUCGCAGGAUUCUCAGUUCAUUGUUGCAGGGGACGAGUGUGUUUAUCUUUACCAGCCUGAUGAACGUGGACCAUGCUUUGCAUUUGAGGGGCAGAAACUCCUUGCUCAUUGGCACCGUGGCUACCUUGUGCUACUAAGCCGUGACAAGAAAUCUCCAAAUAAGUCACAAUUUGGCAGCAGGGAAACUCUGUCAUCAGAGAAGCAGAUACUCAACAUUUAUGACCUUGACAAUAAGUUCAUUGCCUAUAGUGGAACCUUUGAAGACAUCAUUGAUGUUGUGGCUGAGUGGGGCUCUUUGCAUAUUCUGACACGGGAUAAUGGGCUGCUAGUGCUUCAGGAGAAGGACACACAGACAAAAUUAGAGAUGUUGUUCAAGAAGAACCUUUUUGUGAUGGCAAUUAACUUGGCAAAAAGCCAACAUUUAGACACUGAUGGUCUUUCCGAGAUCUUCCGCCAGUAUGGAGACCAUCUGUAUGUAAAGGGAGACCACGAUGGCGCCAUCCAGCAGUAUAUCCGGACUAUUGGAAAGCUGGAACCCUCCUAUGUAAUUAGAAAGUUCUUGGAUGCCCAAAGAAUUCACAACCUAACCGCCUACUUGCAAGCCUUGCACAGACAGUCCCUCGCUAAUGCUGACCACACCACCCUGCUGCUGAAUUGUUACACAAAGCUAAAGGACAGCACCAAGUUAGAGGAAUUUAUCAAGACAAGCGAGAGUGAGGUGCACUUCGACGUGGAGAUUGCCAUCAAGGUCCUACGCCAGGCUGGCUACUACCAGCAUGCUGUGUUUUUGGCAGAGAGACAUGACCAGCAUGAGUGGUACCUUAAGAUUCAGCUGGAAGACAUCAAGAACUAUCAGGAGGCUUUGUGCUACAUUGGUCGUUUGCCCUUUGAUCAGGCAGAGAGCAACAUGAAGCGCUAUGGCAAGACAUUAAUGCACCAUGCCCCUGAGGAGACCACUGACCUGUUGAAAGGGCUGUGCACCAACUACCAACCCAGUGGUGAAGGUGGCACUGUUUCUCUGGAAACACAAAGAAAGAAGGCAAAUUCUGAGGAGUUCAUUCCCAUUUUUGCCAAUCAUCCACGGGAACUGAGGGCCUUCCUGGAGCACAUGAUCCAGGUUGAGGCUGAGUCGCCACAGGGCGUGUAUGACACACUGCUGGAACUUAGACUGCAGGACUGGGCACAUGAGGAGGACAUCAAGAAAAAGAAAGCUUUGCAGGAGGAAGCUUUAUCAUUGUUGAAAAGUGGAUGCUACAGCACUGUAUUUGACAAAGCACUUAUACUAUGCCAGAUGCACAACUUCAAAGAGGGAGUUCUGUACUUGUACGAGCAGGGCCAAUUGUACCAGCAGAUCAUGCACUACCAUAUGCAGAAUGAGGACUACGGAAAGGUAGUGGAGGCCUGCCAGCGCUAUGGAGACAAGGAGACAUGUUUGUGGGAGCAAGCACUUGGAUACUUUGCCCGCAAAGAGGAAGACUGCAAAGAGUAUAUUAGUGCUGUGCUGCAACACAUUGACCGCUACAGUCUCAUGCCACCUCUGCUGGUGGUGCAGACGUUGGCCCAUAAUUCAACAGCCACACUUUCAGUCAUUAAAGACUACCUUAUCAAUAAACUACACCAAGAAAGUGAACAGAUAGAGGAAGAUGAGCAAAAAAUUCGAACAUACCGGGAAGAGACUGCUCAACUCCGGCAAGAGAUUCAGGAACUGCGUAGCAGUGCAAAGAUCUUUCAGAAGACUAAAUGCAGUAUGUGUAACAGCCCAUUGGAGCUGCCAUCAGUGCACUUCCUGUGCAGCCACUCCUUCCACCAGCACUGCUUUGAAAGCUACGCAGAAAGUGAGUCAGAGUGCCCUACUUGUGCACCUGACAACCGCAAGGUCCUGGACAUGUUGAGGGCACAAGAUCAAAAGAGGGAUCAGCAUGAACUCUUCCAGCGACAGCUCAAAUGCUCCAAAGAUGGCUUUUCGGUGGUAGCAGACUAUUUUGGUCGUGGAGUGUUUAACAAGCUGACUCUAAUCACUGACCCUCCUACGGGCAAGUCUACUACCAGCUGUUUGGAGGCUGAUCUAAACAGAGAUCUUCUCAUCCACACCAAGAGAACAUCUUGAACUCCACAAUAUGUGAAGAGUGUGAAAGCUGUGGGACUUUUUUUGUGUAGGACUAAUAGGGUGAGGUGCAGAAGCUCCACACAGCUGUCUGAAGUCACUUGAAGCACUUCAUCUCUUUUCACUUGUUACACAGACAUGUGCUACCAGACUGCAUCUUGCCCAGUUUGAUGAUAUUGCAGUCUGUUUAAAGCACAAAGAGAAGAAAGCAGAAACUGUAUUUAAUAUGUCAGGCUGGUGUGACAAGCAAGCGAGUGACUGAAUGACUGAAACUGGUUGUUCUGCUUUGUCCCUCGCAUGCAACCUGAAGAAAAAGGAGUUCACUAGGUCUUUGCAUCUUGUGUGCCUUAAGGCCCUUAAUCUCAGUCAAACCCAAUCAAUUCAUGUCUUCUCUCUCCUUCCCUUUU